CUCUUAGAAUAGAAUAGACUCUGACAAAUUGAAAUGGAUUUGAAAGCAGCUGCUAUAAAAGGACCUUACACGCUUCGUUCAAAGUGCAAACAUAGUUACUUCAAAUAAAUAAAAUAUGAUUUGAAAUUCGACUUUUGAAUCCAAAAGAUCGUACUGUUGUUGCCACAUACUUAAUGGAGUUUUGAUUGUCGCACAGUUUUCAAGUGUUUGAUGGAUUUUGAUAAACUUAAAGUGACCGAUGGGCUUGAGGCGGCCCAGCAAAAUGGUGAUCAUAUGCAACUAAUUGUUCCUGAAGAACAUGGGGAUGUUUCAGACGAAGCUUAUGGGACUUUUGAAGAGGUUACUGAGACUUUUAGGUCAAAUGGAGACUCAGGAAGUGUUCUCGAGUUGUUUGAGAGGAUAACUAGUGGAGAGGUUAGAGAUGGAUCAAAUGCUAACAUGGAAAGCAAUGGCUCCAAUGUUUUCAAGGUCGGGAAAGUAAAGGAUGCUGAUACCUCAAAGGCGUCCAAACCACUGAAGGGAAGUGGCACAACCAAGAAUGAGAAGCCCUCAAAUCUGAGAAGCAUUUCGUCAACUUGGGUGAAGAAAAGUUGGGAUGGUAAAAGUGCUGAGGCAUCAUCAACUGUUUCGAAUGGUUCUGUUGGCAUGAAUUUACACUCCAAACAGUCUUAUAAUAGCAGGUCUUUCAAUGAAAGACAGCCCCAUUUAUCUAAGGUGAAGCAAUCUGGAAAUUCUGAUGCAGUGUCAGCUGAAGGCCUUGUGGAGAGGACAAAAUGGAAGCCUGUGAAGAAAGAACCUGUUGAAAAUGCUGAAGAAGAUGUGGAAUCUUCUCUUUCUGCAGCAGGAGAUAACAAGCCUCGGAAGAUGGGUGCACUUCCGAAUUAUGGUUUCAGUUUUAAGUGUGAUGAGCGAGCUGAGAAAAGGAGAGAGUUCUACUCUAAGCUUGAAGAAAAGAUCCAUGCCAAGGAAUUAGAAAGAAGUAACUUGCAAGCCAAAUCUAAGGAAACUCAAGAUGCGGAGAUUAAGAUGCUCAGGAAGAGUUUGAAUUUUAAAGCAACUCCAAUGCCAAGCUUCUACCAAGAGCCUCCUCCUCCUAAGGUGGAGUUAAAGAAGAUGCCAACAACAAGGGCCAAAUCUCCCAAACUUGGUAGAAAGAAGACUUCUGUGGAAACCAAUGGAAAUGAAACCCCUAGCACUCGACCAGUCCGACUAAGUCUGGAUGAGAAAGCUUCUCAGAGCAACUCUGCCAAAGGAGUUUCUCCUGUACAAUUGAAGAAGCCACAGCGGAAGUCCCUUCCUAAACUGCCUUCUCAAAGGAGUACUUUAUCCAAUUCCAGCAAGGUAGAAAAGAUGGCAUCAGCAAAAGCUGCAAAUGAUGAAAAUACCACUCCAUUGAAUUCAACAAAGGAAGCUGAUUCUCCCAUCCAGGAGUCAGUUCCUGCAUCUGGUUUAGAAGAAACUCAGCUUGCUACAGACGAGGAACCAGCAUUUGGGUGAGUAAGAUCAAUCCACCUUUGUACAAGAACCUAUAGCAUUGGAGUUUGGAAUUGGAUGCUUAUUCAAAGUUGUUGACUUGAUAAUGCAUAAAUAAGAAAGGUUGUAGACUCUCAACUAUUUAAUGAUGAAAGAAUGAAGGAUUCUUCAUUUGGGAUGUGAUGUCACCACACAUUUGUUGUUUGUGUGCGUGGUUAGAAGCUUGCUGGUCUUGUCAUUCCUAAUUGGAGCAGUGUAUGUUUAUAUUUGCCAAGUUGGUAUCUUAAUUUAUAUUGUUUAGUUUCUGGCUUUCUUAGAUUAUUAUGGAAAAUUUUGGGCAAGUCAAUCUGUCAUUAGCUAUUGCAUUAUUUUAGGUGGUGUUUGUUUGAAGGGGGGUUGCUCCUGAACAAUUGGAAUUGUCAGUUGUGGACAAUUUUUUUCCCCCUUUUUGUGAAUUUCUUCUUAAUGUUCAUAUUUAUAUCUGUGUUAUAAUGAGGUAUUUCCUUUUUGUUUUUUCAAA